GAGUGGCUGUCAUGUGAAUAUGUUAGUUGAUUAUUGUUAAAGUGUUUUUAACGCUAUUGUGUUUCAGACCAUUUCAGACAUAACCAUCCAUGCACAACAGCAACAACAUGGCUUUAAAUGUUGUGAUUGAUCAUUAUAACAACACCAAGGAUAGAUCCAAGCUGGUGUUUGAUUUAACAGAGUCGUACUGCAUCAAAAAUAUAACCAGACAUGUGCUGCCGUUAAAUAUUACGGUGGGAGAAGUGAAUAACAUUGGGAAGCUGUUGCAAGAGUUAUGCCAGGAGGAGAAUCUGGAUUGGACUGCAAUCCAAUUGCUAUUGAAGUGCUUGAGGAAUGGAUCCAUUUUAAAUAAACACAUUCAAAAUUGUGUUGUCGAUAAUGAGAGUAUUGUGAAGAACAUGCAGCAGCUGUUGCAGGCUCAACAGAAGCUGCAAACAGAUUGUCUUAAAGCUUUGGUUAUAUUCAUGCUAAAUGUGACUGUUGAUAAUGGAUACUCUGGAAAGAAAAUUUGGCUUGUAUUCAAGAAUGAUUUGAUGGAUCUUCUGGCUAAAGAUCUGUGUGUGUCAUUCACUUUAGCAGUGAUUUACAAUGUGCUGGCUAGGAACAAGCAGAUUGAACCAUCGCUGGAAUUGAUCAAUGAGGUUCUCAGAUUGAUGGAGAUUGGCUUUGAUUCAGAAUAUAUUUUAUUCCUGCUGGAGCAAUUUAUAACUUAUAUGCAUAAGUAUCACAGAGCUUUGAGACCUGAGUACAGGCAGACUGUGCUGCUUGUGUUGAAGUAUUUGAUUCCAAAGGAGGACUUGGAAGUUCCCAAAGAGUAUGUUCUGCUCUUGGUGGAUGACUUCAAGAAGAAGUCUGAUUGCAUUUUGAAGACGGUUACCGAAUAUUUGGACCAGAUUGAGCCUGCCGAAGUGGCGCAUUUGUUGGACGUUCUGGUUUCGUUAAGCUGCAUUGAAAAGUACUUGAGUUACAUUCAUAACGACAGGAGUUUCCUGAUCAAUUGCGCUUUUCUUCUGAAGAGCAUGCACUUGGCUGGAAAGAACGGUCAAAAUAAAUUCACUGCGAUUUCUAAAUUAUCGGACGAAGCCAAAGCGGAUAAUAAUCAUCCGGCGUUUGGGUUCAAAGCUUCAGUCAUCAGAAUACUUGGAAAUUUGGCGUGGAAAUCGAGAAGCAACCAGGAUGAGCUGAGAGAAUUGGAGUGCAUUCCGUUACUUCUGGACUGCUGCAACAUCGACGAGAGAAAUCCCUUCAUUAUGCAAAUGGUCAUCUUCGCCAUAAGGAAUCUGUGCGAGAAGAACGAGUUGAAUCAAGCCUUGAUCAACGCGAUGAACAAGAAAGGUACCGUCGAUUCGGCUACUUUGAAUAAACUUGGUAUCACCUUGGACGAUGGAAGCAACCCGAUAAGAAUCGCCCCAUUCAAUUCAGCCUAGAUAAAUUAGCUAUUAAAAAAAAUCUAUCUAUAUAAUCACAAGCAACUUUAUUUAGUUAUACUUUAAUUUCCGGGGCCAAUUAUUUUAUGAAUUUAUCAAAUGUGAUAUAUUAUUUAACUUUCGAAUAAUUAUCUAAAUUUAGCUAUAAAAAGAAAAAGUCCCUGCAUGAGAAAUGUUUUCAGUUUAAAAACAUGUAGUUUGUAAUUUUCCAAUCUCGAAGAUUGUAUUGUAUCAAGUAGCCAAGCUACGACUAGUUUAAUCGCUUCCUUGCUUCCAGAUUGAUGCAAGGAAGGUAAAUAUAAAUUGAUGUUGUAUAUAUGUUUAGUUCGCAGGCUAGUUUAUCUCUUCAAGUAGAUUACAACUAAAGGUUGGAAUAGACUGAGUAUUAUUUGUAAAUAUUAAAUGCGUGUAUAUAAGUAACUAAUUAAGUAAGUUUAAGGUUUAAAGUGGGAAAGGAGGAAAAUACCAGAGCACCAAAUAUACAUGGUAGUACAAAGAUUAAAAAGAGUUCUAGAAUUUUCUUUCAAAAGAAAUCUAAAAGUUUAAUGUAGGAUAUAAGAGUAGAUCGUUAGAUGAGUGUUCGUAAAUGUACCUGUCCGUUAAGCUUAGAUCUGUAUUACUACGUGUCUAUGAAAGUUUAAACAAGCAUUUAGUGUAGUUGUAAUUAAACCUAGGCAUAUAAUACAACCUAGUUUAAGCAUUAGACAGCUCUCGCAUUGCUGUAUAAUAAUAAUAUUUGAGAAAGUUUAAAAAUAUAUAUAUAUGUGUAAUUGAUGUAAA